CUGAGCUUCAAGGCCCGCCCUUCUACCUCAGUGACCAGAAGCGCCGAGGCCUUAGUAGCCAUGGCGACACUGAGGUGCCGGCUUUGCUUGGCGCUGCUUUUGCUGUCGUUUGGCGCGGGAUUUUCGGACGGCCAAGGCUUCUUCCUCCCAUUGCGUCGACCUCAAGGCUGCAGUGGGACCCAAUACUUUGAUAUCUCCAGUUUGAGUUGCGGGCAAUGUGGAGCCUCCCAGAGGAAAAGUACUCGGGGUACUUCAUGCACUUGUCUUCCAGGAUUCAAGUUCGUUUCUGAUAGUGGUGGAUCUUCUAUUGCUUGUGAAAAAUGUCCGGAAAACAUGAGUGGAGUUACUCAAGAUGGGUGGAACUGCAUUGCUUGCCCUAAAGGCUUAACUACUGAAGGAAAAUGUAAAUGCUCUGUUAAUGAAAUCUUGGUGGAAAGAGGCACUAAUGGUGCAUUGUUGAGAGACGCAUUAUGUGUUCAGUGUGAUGGAAGGGAGCAGUCUUUUGCUACUUCAAAUGUGUUAAAUAACAUGUGUAUAAGAUGUGAACCAACAUUCAUCAGUGUAAACAAGUCAUGUAGCUGUUCUGAGCCAAAUAUUUUAACAGGAGGUUUAUGCUUCAGGAGUACUGGAAAUUUACCCCCAAAGGGAAUUGCAAAUGUACGCUUUGGAAAGCUAGGUAUCACCUUGAUAUCAGCAUGGUUUUUGAAAAACCUGCAAGCAUCUGCAGCUGCUUGCUGGCUGUACUCCAACCUUACAUCUUGCCAAGCACUUGGAAAUAUGUGUGUGAUGAACAUGAAUAGUCUGAGCUCUGCCAACACAGAUGCAUGUGGUCUAUUUCAAUAUGUCUAUGCAAAUACUGCUGGACUUGGUACUGUUCAUUCAAUAUCAUUUUGGAGACAGAGCCUUCCAUGGCUGUACUAUGGUGACCAGCCAGGAUUAGCUUCACAGGUUCUUGACACAACCCAGUUUCCUACUAGCUUCACUUUUAAAGGAACAAACAAGAAUAUAAAAUUGCAGUUUAUUGCAGCUUCAUAUGAUGCAGAAGGAAAUUUUCUUAAAUGGCAGUAUUUAGAAGGUGGUGUUCUGCAGCUUUGCCCAGACACACUAACUAAACUGAAUGCUGCUUACAUUUUUGGGACAACUUACCAACAAAAAUGUACAGUCUCGGUUUCCAAAAUUUUAAAGGAUUUUUCUAAUCCUAUGUUUUAUGAUGUAUUCCUUGAAUAUUAUGAUGAAGAUGAUGGACAACAGUAUCUUUGGGCAGUGCCAGUGUUAAACUUAAAUCUUCAGUAUAAUGAAAUGUUUGUGAACCAAGGUAGCAAUAUGAACAACUGGCUUUUGACACGUCGAAUGUUUUUGGUAGAUACCCUAAGUGGGCGAGAAAAUGACUUGGGAAACCAGCCAAAAAUAAUCCGAAUUGCUAGUGAAAUAACAGUAAGUAUUCGUCUUGUGCCUAACACCCAGAAAGGAGCCAUUUAUCCACCUCUGAUUACAAUUGGAUACAGUGAUGUUCUGGUCCAAAAUCCUAGUUCUGAGAAUGUGGUGGUGUCCUUCUCAGUCAACUACGAAAUGAACCAGUCAGAGGCUCGAAUUCAGACUGAUAUAGCACUAGGUGUUUUGGGUGGUGUGGCAGUUCUAUGGUCCCUUCUCAAAACUGCUGGCUGGAAGAGGCGUAUAGGGAGCCCCAUGAUUGACUUACAGACAGUUUUGAAGUUCUUGCUAUUCUACGCUGGAGACCUUGCAAAUGUUUUCUUCAUCAUCACAGUGGGAACAGGGAUUUAUUGGCUUAUAUUCUUCAAAGCACAGCAGUUUGUCUCUGUUCUCUUACCUCUGCCAAGUCAGGAAGACAAUUUUGUUUCUUACAUUGGAUGUGCUUUUGCUCUGAAGGCACUGCAAUUUUUGCAUCUGCUUGUUUCCCAACUUACGACAGAUAUCUUCUUCAUUGACUGGGAACGUCCUAAAGGAAAAGUUCUGAAAGCAGUUGAAGGAGAAGGUGGCAUAAGAAGUAUUUCUGCACCAGUCAGCAUAUGGAGAACAUAUUUCAUAGCAAAUGAAUGGAAUGAAAUUCAGACCAUCAGGAAAAUAAAUCCUCUCUUCCAAGUGCUGGCUAUUCUUUUCUUUUUAGAGGUUGUGGGAUUUUCAAAUCUGGCAUUAAUGGAUUCUUCUUCCAGUCUUACAAGGAGCCCUGAAAGUUAUAUAGCACCUUGGAGCCGCAUUCUGAGAUAUGGUGUGACUGCUGUACUCUGGCUAGUCAUUGCCAUAAUACAGAUGGUAUACUUUUCUGUCUUUUACGAAAGAUUUGUAGAAGAUAAGAUAAGGCAGUUUGUUGAUUUGUGCUGUAUGAGCAAUAUUUCAGUCUUUCUGUUGUCACACAGAUGCUUUGGAUAUUAUAUUCAUGGUCGGUCUGUGCAUGGACAUUCAGAUACCAAUAUGGAAGAGAUGAAUAUGAACCUAAAGAGGGAAGCGGAGAAUCUCUGUAGUCAAAGAGGCUUGUUACCAAAUACAGACGGCCAGACAUUUCAGAUUUCCAUUUCAGGCAAGAUGAGGCAGCAAUAUGAUAGGAUCCAUGAAACGUUAACAAGGAAACAUGGUCCUGUUAGACUUUUGAAUUCAUCUGCAUCUACAUUUGAACAGAGCACUAAAGCAUACCAUACCAUGAAUAAAUUUCUAGGGUCGUUCAUUGAUCAUGUUCAUAAGGAGAUGGAUUACAUUGUAAAGGACAAAUUGUUGUUGGAACGAAUCCUUGGCAUGGAGUUUAUGGAACCAAUGGAAAAGAGCAUCUUUUACAAUGAUGAAGGACAUUCUUUCAGUAAUGUUCUUUAUUAUGGAAAUGAAGCCACCCUUCUCAUCUUUGAUAUGCUGUUUUUCGCUGUUGUGGAUAUCGCUACCCAAAGUUUUGUUUUAGCAGCUGUUCUGACAUAUUUACAACAAGAGAUUUUUAGGUUCAUUCGUAAUACAGUUGGACAGAAGAAUUUAGCAUCUAAAACUUUGGUGGAUGAAAGAUUUCUCAUAUAAAUGGAUGUGAAAAGACUGUCUGGAAACCAAUUAUUACAUGUAAAAUGACAAGCAUUGAAAGGAUUUGCUUUUAGUACUUUGUAAAUAUUAAUGUAUAGAAUUUCUCUUUCAUAUUGUAUAUUAGAAAACUGAUAUUUUGGAUUAAAUACUUUUGUACUUGUAAUGGAUGGUGAUGAUUCACAUGCCUUAAAAAGGAUGCUAAGAUAAAGAAAAAUGUCACUGUCAGUAUUAAAGCUAAACCCAUGAUAGUUUAUGUAUA